AAUCACGGGGGGGAGAGAGAGAGAAUCGAAGAAAAGGGAACAAGGAAGGAGAGAGGAGACGUGGAUUGAUAGAUUCUCUUUUUGAAUCUCUACAAGAGAAGGAAGAUCAGAAGCUCUCCUGAAGGAAUCUGAAUAUUUUCUCCGAUAUGAGAAGCGUCGGCAUGGAGAUGACGUCAUCUCCGUCGGGGCUGAUAUCUUCGUCGUCGGCGGUUAUGGCGCUUAAUCUGACGGACGCUUCGAAUUGGUGGUCGGACGUGAACGAGUCGCCGGUGUGGCAGGAUCGUAUCUUCCAUGUCCUCGCUGUGCUUUAUGGAAUCGUCUCCUUCGUUGCUCUGAUUCAACUGGCGAGAAUACAAUUGAGAAUACCGGAAUACGGAUGGACGACGCAGAAGAUCUUCCACUUCCUCAAUUUCUUAGUGAACGGAGUUCGAGCUGUGGUUUUUGUCUUCCGACGGGGUGUACAGUAUCUUCAUCCAGAGAUUCUGCAACAUAUUUUGCUUGAUAUUCCAAGUCUUGCUUUCUUCUCUACCUAUGCACUUCUGGUCCUCUUCUGGGCAGAAAUUUACUACCAGGCGCGUGCUGUAUCCACUGAUGGACUGAGGCCAAGGUUCUUCGCAAUUAAUGUAGUUGUAUAUGUUGUUCAGAUUGCUCUUUGGUUGAUAAUGUGGUGGAAGCCUGUUCAUGCUAUGGUUGUCCUGUCCAAGAUGUUCUUUGCAGGUGUUUCGUUGUUUGCUGCUCUUGGAUUUUUACUAUAUGGCGGAAGGCUUUUCCUAAUGCUACAACGAUUUCCUGUAGAAUCUAAUGGGAGGCGCAAAAAAUUGCAGGAGGUUGGUUAUGUGACAACCAUAUGUUUCACGUGUUUCCUCGUCAGAUGCAUCAUGAUGUGCUUCGAUGCUUUCGACAGUGAGGCGGACCUUGAUGUCUUGGAUCACCCUAUCUUGAACUUCAUAUAUUACCUGUUGGUUGAGAUAUUACCAUCCGCUCUGGUCCUGUUUAUAUUGAGAAAGAUACCACCAAAACGAGGAAUCACACAGUACCAUCAGAUCCGCUGAGCUUAAAACUGCAGAAGGAAAGAAAGAGAGGGAAAAAACCAUAAUUGAAAACGGAGGUAAAAAGGCGGUUCUUUUGAACGACAAGGAGAAAACAUUAAGGAACAACAAUUGAAAGAGGAUCAAGACAAGACUCGGGUCUGCUUUUCGGAUGAUGCCGGGAACCAAUCCGGAUAAGAUUCUACAAACCAAAAUGGUGGUGGUGCUGUUCCCUUCAUAGGUAGUGUUGAAAAGAACCCCAAAAAAAAAAAAAACUGAAGCAGGUUGUGACUUCUUCUUCUUUUAUUAAAUUAUCGUGGUUAGUGUCUUUUGGUUAUGUAUUGUCACAUCAGCUAACCAUUCUCGUGAUGUUUGGAUAGAUAGGUGAAAUAGUUAAUUAUCACAUUGCGGGAACAGAUGAAGAUUCUCGUGGAAGAGUGAGCAUACCUUUGAUCUUUUCCUUGAGAUUCUUGAUU